AGUUGUGUAGUCUCUCUCUUUCAGUGCGCGAGGAAGCGCCAGAGAGUCGCGGGCGGAGCGGAAGGGACUCUGCGGGAUUUGAGCGCUGAUCUCCGGCAGCAGAUCUCUCUGUGAUCGCGCUUCUGCUGCUGGAAACACCGGAGCACCGGUCACCACUCACCGGGAGUUACGGGAGAGAAGCGCGGGAUGGUGGACAACAACAAAACACAGAUGGAGGGUCUUUCUUCGGGCCUGAAGCUGGAGGCGAUGUUGGAGCAUCUCCAUCAGCAGCAGCAGGAGCGUCUGCACAGUGAGCAGCAGCAGCGGCGGCUCCGCGAGGCUCACUUCUUCUACACGCAGCAGCUUGCGGCUCAGCAGGCCAUACUAGCGGCCGCCCGCGCCUCUGGAGCCGCACUCAUCAACACACAUGCCUCACUGCUCUCCAGCAGCAGUGUGGACUCUGAGCGUGAGGAUGAGGAGGAGCGGGGCCGAGACUCCGCCGAGGAUGAAGAUGAAGAUGAUGAAGACAGUGAGGAAGACGAGCUCGACUUCCUUCGUAAGCAGAGUUUGGCGCUCCAGCAGAGAGAUACAGCUGUUUCUGGCAGCCGGUCAGGCCCCGGGGCCCCUGGAGCUACAGUCAGGGUUAAAGAGGAGCCCGAGGAGGAGCCGAGCCCUGCUGACCGGCCCUCAGAUACAUCUCCAAAUGGCCCUGCGGACUGGAGCUAUGAGGAGCCAUUUAAAGCG